AACGCAUACGGUUGCAAACUGUGGGAAUAGCAUUUCAGAGGUAAACAAACUAAUCAAAUGUUGAGUAUUGGUAGCAACCUGGAUACAAAUCAAAUUAUGAUUUAUUUCCAAUAUACAUCAAAUGCUUUGCCUUCAGCGGCAACAUGCCCCCACCUUGUCGGCACGUCGACUGGGUGCUAGUCGUCGAAGAAGAAGCGGGACGUGCAGGAUGAAGGUGAAGGUGAAGAAAUGGAACGGAGUCGCGUCCUGGUUGUGGGUAGCUAAUGAUGAGAACUGUGGUAUCUGCAGACUGGCCUUUAAUGGUUGCUGUCCUGAAUGUAAGGUACCUGGGGACGACUGUCCGCUGGUCUGGGGUCAGUGUUCCCACUGUUUUCACAUGCACUGCAUCCUGAAGUGGCUCAACUCUCAGCAGGUCCAGCAGCAGUGUCCCAUGUGCAGACAGGAGUGGAAGUUUAAAGAAUGAACACACCUGAUUGUUGGUACGAUUGUAAAUAAGCUUUUUUUCAUACCUGUACAUGACACAACCGAAAUGAAACGGAUUUCUAAGACAGUGGUGUACAGUUCAUUUGAAAAAUAAGUUAUCGGAACCAAAUAUGUGUUUGUACUGUACUGUAGAGGGCGCUGCAGGCUGGGGCAAAUAAGCCAUUGGUCAACUGGUGGUUGUCAGGUGUUGACCUGGAAAGUUUAGACUGAAUUUGGCAAUUUAUGGAGUUUUUUGACCUGCUGGAGCCAAAUAAAUUGUUGAUGUUACAUCAAA